AUGUACAAAUUUUUGUACCACGAUGACAUGCGCAAUGUUUACGAAAAACAAUACCCGUUCCCCCUCGUCACACACGGCACACGCAGUCGCUGGCUUUCCAUGGCGUUCCACAAGCCGUGCAAGUUUCCAAUCACCCGAUACGAAGGCGAGUAUCGGCCGACGUGGACUCGGCGGUGGACAACAAUUGGUGGCAAAAAUGGCUCCUGGCAAUUCUUCAGCCACGCGCGUGCCAUAUUACCUGACAACAACGGCGAAUCAUACACGUGGGAGGGCGAGUAUGGCUGGUUCAACCUGAUGCGUCCGAUGCUGGCCGGGCCGAGCAACGACUGGGGGGCGUUUGACUUGGCGGGACUCUUGCAAAUCAAUCAGAGCGGAGAGUUAAUCAAAGCGUGUGGCUGCGUCUCUCUGAAGGCAAACGAUCUGAGGUAUUUCAUCCGUGCUGGAAUAACCGUCGGCGCACAUUGCAUUGAUCGCGGGAUCGACAACCUGUGUAUGACGCCGGCUGUGUUUUGCAUCCCCGGAACGGGUGGAAAGUUCGACCUGACGCUCGUGACCACGAACAAGACCAUUGGUAAGACCCUAGUCGAGGUCUACUUCCUCUGCGGACGCGAAACGGCAGAAGUUCGGAGCCGACUCCCCGGGAUGCACAAGUUUUACCGGAGGGCGCGCUUAAAAAAAUGUUUCGCCAAUUUUGUAAACCUUUUCGGCGGCGCGUGUGGAGAUUAG